AUAACUAGACUCUUGUGUUGCAUUCCAUUACAUUUAAAGAUUGAGGUACGAAGCAAAACAAGGAAGGCUAAUGCUGUCGACCCUUCACAUGUGCGUUGGCCAUCAACGACCUUGCCCGUCCUCCAGAUAGUGUUUCACUAAGAUUUAUAUUAUAGGUGCAUCCGUGACGGGGGGCUAAGAGAACUCUCCAAGCCCAGGCUUGUGGCAGGCGCUUUUAUUUUAUUUUUUGUUUGCCUUUUUUUUGUUGUUGGCCAUCUCCCGCCUGCGACGGCCAGGCUUUUGGGCGUGAGAGAGAGAGAGUGAGAGAGUCUAACAAAAUCAAACAAAGCCUAACCAUACCGUGAGAGAUGGCAUCGGCUACUGGAUCUGAUCACACCCCUUCGUCCAGCCCAAAUCCUGGUAGUUCCGGGGACGAUUCAUCGCGGACCAAUCUGAUCAUCAACUACCUGCCUCAGAAUCUGACGGAGAGCGAACUCUUCAAGAUGUUUGUCACCAUUGGCACGGUGACAAAUUGCAAAAUCAUGCGAGAUUUUCGGACUGGAUACAGUUACGGCUUCGGUUUCGUCAACUACCAAAAAGCUGACGAUGCUAUCCGGGCAAUUCAAACGUUGAAUGGGCUUCAAAUCCAAAACAAGCGUAUUAAAGUAUCCUACGCUCGACCGCCUGGUGAAGACCGAAAGGAAACCAAUCUCUAUGUUACUAAUCUCCCUAGAGACGUUACAGAAGACGAAUUGACAAAUAUAUUUUCUGCCCAUGGAAAUAUAGUGCAAAUGAAUUUACUCAAAGACAAAAUCACUGGUAUGCCCAGAGGCGUGGCUUUUGUCAGAUACGAUAAAAGAGAAGAAGCUAUGGCUGCAAUCGAGCAUCUAAAUGGUACAAUCCCGCACGGCCGUACCAACCCCAUUAGCGUCAAAAUUGCUGAAGAACACGGCAAACAGAAAGCAGCCUAUUUUGCUGGAUGGGAAGCUGGGAGACAGCAAGCGCGACCAGUUGGCAAUGUUGGAGGACAACCCCAAGGGGGCAUGGUGAGCCACGGCGGACAUGGCGGGCAUGGUGGGCGAAGCGGAGGAGGCGGUCACUACAACGCAGGUCUGCCGUUAGCUUCUCGACCCCCGAAUGCUCCCGGUUUCGUCCACUCAUCGGGCAUGGGCCAAGUGCGGCCGGAUAAAGGAUCCAAUAGCAGCCGUUACAAUCCGAUCGGUAUGGGUGGCGGCUAUAACGUUUACAAUUGGAACUGAAGACAAAGCAAAUGGAGGGCCCGAUAAGAUGACGGAAGAUUUAAAAAAAAGAACGGAAACUAAAUUGAACUACCGACUGCAGACGAAUGAAAAAACAUUUUGCAACGCCAUCGUCAGUUGGAGGAACAUGAUGUUUUUCCCUAUCUGCUUGUUAUCAAUCUUAACUGACCUAAUUAUCCCCUUCCUUCCUCCACCUCUACAUCAUGCACCUCCUUUUCUCCUGAUUUUUUUUUCUUUCUCGGUCGUCAUUUGGCUAAAUGGUUGGGUUUCCGCUCGUGAGGGAUUUGCGUCUGACUCGAGUCUUCGUACACAUCUGUGUUCCCCAUCAUGAUUUUCUUUUUUUCUGCAUCAUUUAUAAUCUAAACUCCUUGCCUGCAAGAUUUCCUGAACGCGUGUAUACCUACCCAAUUCACUUCAUUCUUCUCACGGCUUUUCUUGGCCGUUUUUUUUUCAUGCUUUCUAGUGGUACAGAAGAUCGUUUAUCAUAUUUUGACUCCCAUCAAGGUCCAGUUUAGUUUCAUGUUAUCUGGUUGGUGAUUUUGUUUUUUUUUCUCUUGCUCUCUUACUCCCUUUUGUCUACGUCUGUCUUCAUGGCCCACCUUACACUGUACCCUUCUCUCCCUUCCAUAUCCCAAUCGUUUGUGACUGCAAUCAUUUGCCAAAGCGUUGAUUACACUUCACCAGUUACAACGAUCGUGAGAAACUGAUCACAUACAAA